UGGAUGAUCUGCACGGGCGCCUUGCUGGUGCCGACGAACCGUGUCAAAAGUUGCCGCUGUAUUUAGCUGCAGGGUGCGGCGACGAUAAAAUACGCACAUCAGCGUUCUCUGUAGUCGAUUAAUUAACUUCCAACGGUCAAACUAUAGAAUUCCAUUACUGGUUGUUACGAUUCAUGCCUAUAAGUUUCACAUCGUUUACGUAAUGAGUGCAAUCCUUUGUGCUUCCCAUUGAGAGUUCUCUGGAUGUUUCAUUAAACGGAUUACAAUUAAACGUUUCAUUCAUUGCUGUUAUAUAUUACGUGUUUCGAAUGAGAAGACUUUCCCAGAAUAUAGUUUAUUCAGUUUUACUGUAUCUGAUAAAGUGUCCAUGAAUCGGUGCGACUUAUUUUCGGGCGUAAAUUAUCCCUGAUAUUUUUAACUACAAGAUAUCAGAGGCAAUCAUGGCCUCAUUAUUUCGGAAUGGUUUUCGUCGUUACAGUGUCGAGUUUUGCCUGUUCUAUCUCAGCCUUCUGGCACACCCAGGCACCGGUAUAAUUCAGGUUUAUGAAAAACGUUUUGGCGAAGUAUCCUCCAGCCCAAUCUGCUCUAUUUAUGACGAUCAUCAGGCCGUUGUCGGAGCAAAACUUCCGGUGGAUCGUUCGGUGUUUGUAGUACUGGAAAUAGCCAUUCCUUCCACUGCUUGCGAUCUCUUCAGUUCGUACCUACGCAGGGGAGCACAACGGAAAAAAACGAUAUUGUUAAUGGAUGACACGGAGUGCCCAGCUGGAAACGUUUGGGGAAACAACGGCUACGGGACCAGAAAUAACGGCAGUUUCUACGCCAAAAUCAUCAAGGCACAAGAUCUGGGUUACGUUGGGGCCAUUGUGUACCCCGGUAUGUCCGCCAUGCGCCAGUGGGCUUCGUUCAAUCGUUCUGAUCCCGACAAGCCGAUUACGUGGCUCUCCCGGAGUACGGCCCGCCCAAUUCCACUGCCAGAUAAAAUGGCUAAAGUAAUAAGGAUUCCCGUGCAUUUUGUCAGUUAUCAACAGACAGUGCUGCUGGAGCAGUAUAAAGAUCGCUCUUUCGCAACGUUAGCCGGAUUUCAUUUUAAUUUAACAUCACCGGCCCGCGCCACGGAUAAAGAGUUCUUCAGUGGAAGCCAGACCUAUGAAGCAGCCACAAACAGAAAAUCCAGUUACGUCUAUCCGGAUCGGACUGACAUUUUUGGACUACAGAGGAGACCAGCAGCUACACAGACGACUCGCACAACACCUGCUUAUCAAUAUUACCUCCACUUGUUGACUCCGAGUCCGUAUAUCGCGUGGUCCGAUUACGCUCGCAUUUAUUCGACACCUGCACCGAUACAGCUGUAUCCAACUGUGAGCUCCAGAUACAGAUCACGUAGCACGAGUUCUGAUUUAGCGUACCUUGCGCUAGCCAUUCCUAUUGGGGUUCUCUUCGCUCUGAUGCGCUAUGCCUGUGAUAAGCGACGAAAACAGCAGGCUGUUUCACGAUUCGCAAGAACCAUCCAAAUACAUCAGCGUCUAACCGAUGAAGAGGUCGCGCAAGUUAUGGCGGCUCGCGAGGAAAUCGUCCGCCGCCUGAUCUUCACGCUCAUUGCACAGGCGCAGGAAGCCGAAGAGCGACAACGCCUGACGGCCAGCAGUACACCGCUCAGCGCUGGGCAAAUGGAACAGCUCCCGCGCACCGAAAUCACCGGGCCCUCGGACGAUAUCUGCCCCACGUGCCAACAGAAUUUCACGGAGGGCGAGCUGAAGAUUGUCCUGCCUUGCACACAUGUUGGACAUGAAGCUUGCCUGACAACAUGGCUGACGACGUAUUCCUGCAACUGUCCGGUGUGCCGACAGCCUGUCUUUGAGGAUCAUGGUACUGCUGAAUCGGCAACAAUUCCCACUCUAGUACUGGCUGUGGAUACCAGAUCGUAAACCGUUUUGGGAAUUGCGUUAUCCUUUUGUGCGAUCUCGAAUCUUAUAAUAUUGCACAACACGAUUAGUGAAUUUCCUGUGUUACAUGUGAUGCCGCUCAUUGUUACGCUAUUAUAGGUAUGUAGAGCACACAUAAUGUUGUUGGCUGGACUGAUAAUAACGGUUUUUUAAUCGUGCUGCAUUGGCCAUCCGGAGUCAGCAUGAUGUACCACCGCCUCCCAUUUCUCCCCAGGCCGAACAGCAAAAUAACACGCUGAUUUCGCCCGUUACCGGCAAUAAUUCCAUUCCGGCCAGCGGCGUAUCGUUGCCCGGCCAACAAGGCGGUGGCGCACAGAACCAAACCACCGGAAGUGGUCAGCAAGGUCAACAGGGAGGUGGGCAACCUGGCCAACAGGGAGGUGGGCAACCUGGCCAACAGGGAGGUAGCCAGAUGAGCACGGGUCAACCACUAAGUUACGGAGCAUCGUAUAGCUCACCCAGCGGAAAACAGAAGAACAUACACCAAUAAUAACUGGGAACGACCCACCAACAAGCCUGUGAGCAGGCUCAGCCGAUGUCCUUCUGAAUAUAAUUUAGUCUGGACUCUGGAACUGGUUGAAGAGAAUAAAAAUGUUGUGAACGUUCUUUGAUGUAUAUAAUAAGCCGGUUUUCAAGUACCAAGUUUGUUUUGUUAUUGACAGUUUAUUUAGCAUUU